UGCUGCUGCUCCUGUCCACUUAAAAUCAGGAGCCACAUUGCAGGCUGUUUGCUUUGUCACACUGUGGUUGGAAACUGUCUUCUUCUUUUCCCAGAUUCUGAAAAUGUUUCGGAGCCUGCUUUUCACAGUCUUGUGUGGAUUUGCAGUGGCCGAUAUCAGUUCGCAAACAGAUCGACACUGGGAACUAUGGAAGAAAACGCAUAAGAAAGUAUAUUCUCAUCAGAUUGAGGAGUGGGGACGCAGACUGAUUUGGGAAAUGAACUUGAAAAUGAUUAAUCUUCACAACCUGGAAGCCUCGCUGAAUUUGCACACUUACGAACUGGCAAUCAACCACUUCGGAGACAUGACCCCUGUGGAGAUCACUGGCACUCUCACAGGCACUAGGGUACCAUCUGACCUGGAGAUGGUUGCUGCGAGCUCCAUAAAAGUCAACGCUUCUCUACCAGCUUCAGUGGACUGGAGGGAUAAAGGCCUGGUAACUCCAGUCAAAACACAGGGUUCUUGUGGUGCUUGUUGGGCUUUCAGUGCGGCUGGAGCUCUUGAGGGGCAACUUAAAAAGUCUACAGGCAUCUUGAGGUCUCUCAGCACUCAAAACCUGAUCGACUGCACUACAGAUUAUGGCAACCGCGGGUGCAAUGGUGGCUUAAUAGCACGUGCCUUCAAGUAUGUUGUUGAUAACCAAGGCAUUGCUUCUGAAGAUGCUUACCCCUAUAUCGGAAGGCAUAAUCAGUGCAAGUACAACCCACUGUAUCGGGCUGCUAACUGCUCAGGGUAUUACUGCUUACCAAGGGGGGAUGAGUUUGCACUGAAGGAGGCAGUGGCUCUUGUGGGGCCCGUCGCUGUUGCAAUUGAUGCUUCCAGGCCACAGUUUCACUUCUACCAUCGUGGUGUGUACAUGGACAACACAUGUACCCAGAAAGUGAACCAUGGCUCGCUGGUUGUGGGUUACGGCAGAGAGAAAGGACAGGACUACUGGCUCGUCAAAAACAGCUGGGGUGUCCAGUUUGGAGAAGAAGGCUACAUUAAGAUGGCUCGGAACCGAAACAACCAGUGUGGCAUCACUCACCAUGCUUGUUUUCCUUUUGUGUGAUUAAGUUGGGUCUUUGUUUUAUAUUUGUAUUUUUUCAAUGUUUAAAUAAACUGUAUCACUGAAAUUUUAACAUGUU